AUGAAAGUCAACAAAUUUCUCGGUCUGACGGGGGGCGGAAUUGUGCGCGAGGAGCUCAUCCACCGUCGUGUUGAGUACGUCUUUGGAUAUCCCGGCGGCGCAGCUCUCCCACUCUUUGAUGCUCUGCACAACAACCGCGCUUUCGAGUUUAUUCUUUCCCGUCAUGAGCAGGGCGCCGGCCAUAUGGCCGAAGGAUACGCUCGGGUAUCCGGUCAACCAGGUGUCCUCCUCGUGACCUCCGGCCCUGGAUCCUCCAACCUGGUGACACCCAUGCUGGAUGCCCUGCUGGAUGGCACGCCUCUCGUCGUGUUCUGCGGCCAGGUUUCCACAGCCGUACAAGUCACGGGUGCGUUCCAGGAGAUUGAGAUCAUGAAGCUGGCCAAGACCUGUACCAAGUGGUGCGGGCUGGUGCAGGAUAUCAGUGAGCUCCCUGCGUGCAUAGAGGCGGCAUUUCAAGUCGCGACCAGCGGUCGACCAGGCCCAACGCUGGUGGCGAUACCCAAGGAUAUUGGGUUGGUUGUGUUUGACGAGCUCGCCUUCCAGAAGGCCCAAGGCCCUCCGCUCGAAGUCCCUGCGUGCAUCCCGCAGUGGGGGACUGAGCAGUUGGAGGACUCCAUCAAUCGAGUCGGGCGUUUGAUCAACCUUGCAGAGAGGCCGAUCAUCAUAUGCGGCCAAGGAGUGCUAAGUACCGCCAAAGGGCCCGCCUUGGUCGACAUGCUGUUGGAAUUGGUCCAGAUGCCCGUCGCCACGACGCUGCUCGGCACCGGGGCUGUGGACGAGCUUCGCCCCGAGGCUCUGGGGAUGGUAGGCACGUAUGGAACGGUGCCAGCCAAUCUAGCCGUCCAGGAGGCCGAUCUGGUCCUUGCUCUGGGGGCGCGACUAGAUGAACGAGCCGUCGGACACGCCGCAGGCUUUGCACCCGCUGCGCGCGACGCCGCAACCAGAGGCUGCGGCGGCAUCGUGCACUUUGAUAUCGACCGGGGUAGCGUGGGCAAAGUUGUUGAGCCAACGGUCACGGUUCUCGGGGAUCUCUGCAUCAGCCUCGUCAUGCUGCUGCAGCGUGUCGCGGCCCGCUCCAACCCGGAAUGGUUCCAGCGCAUCCAACGCCUCAAACGGAAGCACCCGUUCCAGUACCAGCCGUCCCCUAUGCCCCGGAAGAUGUCUGCUCGACGUCUCCUCCCACAGGCAGUCAUCGCGGAGCUCGACGCCCAAACCACUGCGACGAAGCAGUCCACCAUCAUCACCACGGGCGUCGGGCAGCAUCAAAUGUGGGCGGCGCGGUAUUACCAGUGGCGCACGCCUCGCAGCCUGAUCACCUCGGGCGCCCUGGGGACGAUGGGGUUCGGCCUUCCCGCGGCGAUCGGGGCGAAGCUGGCGCGGCCCGACUGCACGGUGCUUGAUGUCGAUGGCGAUGCGUCGCUGUGCAUGACCAUGGAGGAGAUGCUCACGGCGGUGCAAUUUGGGGUGGAGAUCAAGAUCCUUAUCAUCAAUAAUGGGGAGCAAGGGAUGAUCAAGCAGCUGCAGAACACCUCCUACGAGGGACGGGUCGUCCAUGCGCAUCAGGUCAACCCGGACUUUGUGCGCCUGGCCCAGAGUAUGGGCUGCAAAGGGCGGCGGUGCGACUCGAAGGAUGAUCUGGCAGCGAGUGUUCGGUGGCUCUUGCAGACAGAAGGCGUGGUGCUACUGGAGGUCGUGACCGAGGGAAAUGUGCCGAUGGUUCCAAUAGUGCCGACUGGGCAGCCGUUGGAUGCGAUUGUGAAGAGCUUGCCAACUUCGUCGAAGAGUGCUUUGAGGGGAGAGACUCCAUUCCUCAUUUGA